AUGGAAGAAAUCAAACGACCAAUUGAAUAUUUUAGAAAUGCCUUAUUUAAAUACUUUGAUAAAUAUCUUCGAGAAAUUACAAUGAAUAAAGGAAUGGUUAAAAUGUCUCUACCUUUAGCAAUGUUCUUGAGUGGUAUUUCUUUUGAUGUUUAUUCAGAGAAUGAAACUAUUAAAGCUGAACGAGAUGAAGUAUUCAAAUAUUUAAAAAAGGUUCAAAUAAAGUCUCUCUAUAACAAACGUCAUAGAAAUAGUGUUAAUCCACUCUCAUUUAUUCUCACAUCAAGUAUCAAUGAAUUAGUCCUUUCAGAUAUUCCUUCAACAUUUAUUUUAACUGAUCAAAUUAGUCAUCAUCUUGUUAGUCUUAAAGUUGAAAAUUGUCCUUUUAGUUUAGACUCUUUUACUACUGAGUGGCCCUUCUUAACUCAAUUAGUCAUUCAAAAAGCAUCUAUUCGUCAAAUCUCCCCAUUUAUUUUCACAAAAACAAAAUUUCCGGUUCUUAAGAAAUUAGACCUUCAACAUAACUGUAUCAAAGUAUUAGAAAAUAUUGAUGAACGUCCUUUUGAGUUUGUUUCUAUUAAUUUAAAAAAAUAUUUAAAUAACUUAUCUUUAAGUGAAUUAAUUCUUGCUAAUAAUUAUAUCCAACAUAUUUCUGUUCUAUUACCAGGGUCAAUUAGUUUACUGGAUCUUUCAUUCAACCAACUGACAGAAAUAAAAGAAAUUUCUAAAUUUUUUAAUCUUCGAGAAUUAAAUCUCAGCAAUAAUGACAUUUACUUUAGUGAUGAGAUGAGAGGGAUUUUCAAUAAAAUGUAUUCUUUAACAAAUCUUCAUUUUGAAAAUAAUCAAACAGUGAAUUAUAGACAAUUACUUAUUGAAGAAUUACCUUCUGUAGAACUUGGACUUAAUGUCUCUAUUGAUGGUUUAUCAGUACAACCAGAAGAAAGGUAUCAGGCAAUUGAUAAAGUCUCAAGACUAGGAAGGUCACAUUUUGAAAUAGAAAAAAAUGAGGAAGAAUUUACUGAGAAAAUAAUGGCUAUUUCUAAGAACCAAAAGGAAGUUUUAGUUAUAGAAAAGAAAGAUGAUGUUGCUCUUAUUACUUCAGAAGCAAAAAGAGAAAUGAGACUUUCUGGGAAUGCUUUAAUUUCUAUUGGAAAUGGAAAUAUUGAAUGUCAUGUUAAAUUUGGUGAAGAAGAUGCAGACUUUAUGAUACAAGAAAUAUAUAAAUUAAUGGAAAAACUUCAAAACAAACACCUUCAACAAGAAGGAAGAUCUGAAUCAACAACAGAAGAAUCUAUUGAACAAAAACAUAUUACAACUAUUGUUACAGAAAAACCCAUAGAAAAAGAGCUAAACCAAACAACUCCACAUUUACAAACUCUUUCAACUAAUAAAGAUGAAUUUAUUGAAGUUAGACCAAUUUUCAACGGAAUAGAUAUUACUACAAGUGAUAGUUCUGAUAAAUCAUCGUCUUCAAUGCAUUUUGAAGGUAUUUCUGAUGCUCAACCAAAGAAACAACAAUCACCAAUUAUAAAUACACAACUAAAUGUUAGUGAUAAUCAAGAACAACUUACUGGAGAAAGCACCAGUUCAGAUAGUGUUAAUGCCUCUUAUAUUUUAGAUCAGAAAUUUAAAUAA